AUGCCGUUCCUACAGGCCAGUUCCUCGGACAGCGCCACCAGCGCGGGCCCCCAGGGACCUCUGGGAACUGCAUCACAUGCAGAUUUGAGCCAGGCACGCGUGGCCGUUGUAUCCAUACCUGCCUGUCCUUAUUGCAAGAAAGCCAAAGACGCUUUGACCAGGGCUGGGAUCCCCUACGUGGACGUCAACGUAGCUUCUGACCAAUCUUUGAGGCAGCUGGUUCGCGACAUCACCGGCAGCCGCACUGUACCUCAGCGACAGAUCUUCGUGGCAGGUCGCAGCGUAGGUGGCUGUGACGACCUGCUCGCGCAGCUUGCAGACGGCACCUUCGCCAAGGCGAUGGCGAUGGCGGAGGCCACUGCUGCUGCCGCCGUACCGCCUGGCCUCCUGGAGUCGAUCCGAAGGGCACGGCUGCAGGCAGAGGCAGAGGCCAGGGUGCGGCUGAUGCAGUAUCGCGUGUAUUUGUUGGCUUGUGUCUUGUACGGUCGGUGGGGAAACAUGCUGUACGGCAAGAUUCAGGAGACCAAGGAGGACCAGGCCGAUGCGACUACAUCCCUUUUGGCGGAUUUACGGAAGCGGUUGGUGCUGCCUGAGAGCCAGGGCGGCAUUUCCCGGAGAGAACAAACCAUUGGAUCACACGGCACCUUCAAGGCCUUUUCCCUCCGCCAGCUGAUCGAGUGGAUUUCAGCCGCCGGCUCCGGAACCGAUCCACGGGUCGCACUUGACCCACGAGUCAUCGCAAUGCAGCUGCUGGACGCCAAUUAUGUGGUGCCCGCCGCUCUGGACCCGGUUGAUGCGGGGCGCAUCAGGGCGGUGGUAGUGGCCGCGGCAGGGGAAGCAGUCCUCGCCUCCGAGGAGCUCGCCACCACGAGAGCCACCGCACUUGCCGCCGCCGCCGCCGCCACUGGGACCCAGCAAAAGGCCGCAAAGUCGGGAAAGAAGGCGGAGGCUUUGGAGGCGAAAAAGCAAUGGGAGGCAAAGGAUGAGGAGAAAGAGCAGCAGCAGCAGCAGGUGCUGCUUACGUUGCCAACGGAGGUACCGCAGCCGCCGGCGGGGAAGGCCCUUAACACCCAAUUCUGGUGGCAGGGCCCGGCACGACCACCCAACGAGGUCGCCGCCAGCCUGCGCAACCUGAUCCUAGAGCUGUACGACAAGCAUCUGAGCAAGGAUGGUCGCUCCUUGAGCUACGGUGCCUUACGGUCCGACCCCAACUUUGCCACCUUCGUUGCAUCCACUGCAGAGCUUCAAAAGGUGGAUAUUUCUCCGCUGAGCCGCGAGGAGCUGAUGUCCUUCGGCAUCAACCUCUACAACGCACUCAUCAUUCAUGCGCUGGUGGCACUCAAUCUCACACAAAUGAGCGCCGCGCAGCGAGCCACCUUCUUCUCUCGCACUGCCAAGUACAAUAUCGGUGGCCUGGACUACAGCGCCGACGACCUGGAGCAUGGGCUUCUCCGGGGCGACCGGGCGGGCGCCGGUAACCUGUUUAACGUAGUGGGCCUCCACGGCCUGGCGGGGCCACACUGGCGGAUGGACGACCCGCGGCGAGCCAAGGUGGUGAGUCCGGUCGAUCCGCGUAUCCACUUCGCGUUGGUGUGCGGCGCCAAGUCCUGCCCGCCCAUUAAGCUCUACACGCCCUCAAACCUCGAGGAAGGUCUGGCAGCGGCUGCGGAAGCCUUUUGCGCCAACGAAGUGCAGGUGGACCAGACCCGGCGGGAGGUCAAGCUGUCUAAAAUAUUCAAGUGGUACGCGAUUGAUUUUGGGCAAGACAAGUACAAGCGCCUGUCGUACAUUGCAAGCUUCCUGUCGGAGCCAGUUAAGGGCGAGCUACUGGAGAUGGUGCGGCAGGCCCAAUCGGGGCAGGGGGAUGUGCGGUUAGCGUACCAAGAGUACGACUGGAGCCUCAACGGCACAGAUUAG